AGGUUCUAUAAAAAGGCAGCAGCGUUUGUGCUGCGUGCCGUUGCCAAACACUCCCCCGAGCUGUCCCAGGCUGUGGUGGCCUGCGGGGGAGUGGACGCCCUCGUCCUCUGCCUGGAGGAGUUUGACCCCGGGGUGAAGGAGGCAGCCGCCUGGGCUCUAGGCAUCAUCGCACGACACAACGCAUUGUUGUCUCAGUCGGUUGUGGAUGCGGGUGCUGUUCCCCUGCUGGUGUUUUGUCUGUUGGAACCUGAGAUGGCCCUCAAACGCAUCGCAGCUUCCACCCUCAGCGACAUCUCCAAACACACACCAGAGCUGGCCCAGACUGUGGUGGACAGUGGUGCCAUCGCACAUCUGGCACAGAUGAUCCUCAACCCAGACGCCAAACUCAAGAGACAGGUGUUCUCAGCCCUCAGUCAGAUCAGUAAGCACUCGGUCAGCCUGGCAGAGAUGGUGAUAGAGGCCGAGAUCUUCCCUGCAGCAGUGGCCUGCCUCAGAGAUCCAGAUGAGUAUGUCCGGAAGAACGUCACCACCCUGAUGAGGGAGGUGGUGAAACACACACCAGAGCUGUCCCAGGUGAUUGUGAAUUGUGGUGGCAUGGCAGCAGUGAUCGACUAUCUGGGCAAUUGUCGUGGAAACCUGCGGUUGCCGGGGAUCAUGAUGCUGGGAUAUGUGGCAGCUCACAGUGAGAACCUAGCCAUGGCGGUCAUUCUUUCCAAGGGGGUGCCCCAGCUGGCCCUGUGUCUGUCCGAGGAGUCAGAACAUCACAUCAAGGCGGCCACAGCCUGGUCCAUUGGCCAGAUAGGUCACCACACCCCUGAGCACGCCAAGGCCGUGGCCACAGCUCACCUGCUGCCCAAACUGCUGGAACUGUACAUGGAUGCCAACAGCUCAGAGGACCUGCAGGCCAAAACUAAGAAGGCUCUGAAGAGUGUCCUGCAGAAGUGCACCUACCUGCCAGGUCUGGAGCCCCUCCUCUAUGAUGUUCCAAGCAACAUCCUCAAACAUGUAGUCUGCCAGUUCAGCAAGGUUCUACCUCAUGACAGCAAGGCUCGCCGUCUGUUCGUGACCAGCGGGGGGCUAAAGAAACUGCAAGAGAUCGAGGCUGAGCCGGGCUCCCUUCUACAGGAGCACAUCAACGCUAUCAACAGCUGUUUCCCUGAAGAGAUAGUCAGGUACUACUCGCCUGGCUACUCGGAGGUCCUGCUGGAGCGGUUAGAGAGCUACCAGCCGGCCUGACAUCAGCUCACACAUCCUGCUGAAAUGUUAACAUGAGGAUGUACCGUGCAUAUGCCUUCACAGUAAACUGAAGCUGUUUAAACCAGAAAAAAGUUUUCCAUCUUUUAUAUUGUGUUAUACAUUGUAUUCUGUAUUAGGAGCAUAUAUUCCAAUG